AUGGACGUUCAAGAAAUCAGUGAGUUUUUCUUUGUAAUAUAAGGGAAACUGUAAUUUUGGAUGUUUUCAGGUCUAGAACACAUGCGAACGGCGCUCGAUGAAGCUUGUCGAGGAGUUUUGAGUGGCGACGGCGGUCCUUUCGGAGCCGUCGUCGUCAAGGACGGAAAAGUCAUCGCCACGGGCCACAACAUGGUAUAUUACUUCAUUUUUUUUUAUUUUUCUAGAUUAUCACUUUUAUACGUUUGUAAAAUUUAUUCUAAUUUUUCAUUGACCUAUUUGAUUCUUGAGUAUACUGUAUGAAUGCAUCACGUCUAGCCCACGAUUUAUUUUCUUCAAAAUGUAUUGGUUGGGUUUAAUAGAGCCAUGGACUGAAUUAGUCAGAACCCCGAGGCCAUAUGACGUUUUUAGAUUUUUUUUUUAGUUCUUUCAAGCCUUUCUGUACGUCUGCAGCCAACAAAAAUUUUAUAUAUAUAAAGAGAUGAAUUUAGGAUAAUGUUUAAAAACGUGUGCUUUAAGUGUAUCAAUAUUCCCUGUUGAGUGAUGGCGCUGACUCAUAUUUUCCUGUCUUUGAUUGAAAAAAGUGAGAUUUCGAAUUCAGGUUGUUGUAACCAACGAUCCAACAAUGCACGCAGAAGUUACCGCUAUCCGCAAUUGUUGCAAGAAACUUGGUUUGUUUUCUUUAUUUGUGUUUUCUUUAUUGAGAAAAUAAAAUUAUCAAGUCGAUUUUUUAUUAGAAAGUUUUAAGGAACUUUUGAUCUGUCGGGAUGCGUUCUUUAUACAUCCUGCUAUCCUUGUCCGAUGUGCAUGGGAGCCUGUCUUUGGGCUCGUUUUGAUGCCAUCUACUACGCUGCAUCCGCCGAACAGGUAUCUUCACGAACCUCUAUUCAAAAUAUAUAUUCUUGAAAUAUGGAAAAUAGUAAGUUUGAUCCAGAUUCCAUCGUUUCUACAGUAGGUUCACAAGAAUCAAAAACAAAAAAUGAUUAAUUUACAGGCGGCUGCGAUUGGUUUCGAUGAUAAGGCCUUCUACGACUUUCUCAAGAACCCUGUGUCGGAUGAUCUCAGGUAUUCCUCGUCUUUGAUAAGAAUUUUUUAUCAGUUCUUUGCUUUUUGUUCCUUUUUCCUGAAUGAUAAAACUUCCAAAUGAAGUUGGAAGUUGAGCUGAAGCGAACUUCAUCAUAUAUAUCUUCAGGAAACUGGAGCACGUCGAAGUUGAUGAUUACUUGAUGCCGUUCCAAAUGUGGUCAAAUAAGCCGGAUAAGACUACAUACUGA